UGUGUGUGUGUGUGUGUGGGUGUGUGUGUGUGUGCGUGCGCUAGUAUUUAAAGGGCACACACACACAACUUCGCUCUCCUUGAAGUUCCUGUGUGCGUGAAGGUCACAUGGCGCUGGUGUCUGAGUUUCUGGGUCAGCUGACGCUGGCGCACGGCGGGGAAGCUGAGCCCACCUUUCCCACCGUGGUUCCGCUCAGGGACUUUGACCCGGCCCAAGAUGCCGCACGCUUGGAUGCGGCCCUCAGAGUCAAAGGAGUGGACGAGCAAACCAUCGUUGACAUCCUGACCAGGAGAACGUAUGAGCAGCGGCGAGAGAUCGCCUUUGAGUACGAGCGCCUCGCCAAGAAGGACCUCGUGGUGGCCCUGAAGGGGGCGCUGUCUGGAUCUUUGGAGGCACUGAUGCUGGGCCUGAUGAAGAGCCCCACCCAGUACGACGCCUUCGAGCUCAAAGCCUCCAUGAAGGGUCUGGGAACCGACGAGGAGACUCUCAUCGAGAUUGUCUGCUCCAGAAACAACGAGGAACUCGCCCACAUCAAAAAAGUUUACCGAGAAAUGUUUAAGAAGGAGCUGGACAAAGACGUGGCAGGAGACACGUCGGGAGACUUGGCUAAGCUGCUGCUGGCUCUCGUUCAGACCAGACGAGACGAUCCGUCCAACGUGGUGGAUUAUGAGAAGAUUGACGACGACGCCAAAAGUCUCUACGAAGCUGGCGUGAAGCGCAAAGGAACUGACGUGUCCACCUGGAUUUCCAUCAUGACCCAGAGGAGCGUCCCCCACCUGCAGAGAGUGUUUGAGCGCUACAAGCGCUACAGUCCGUACGACUUGAAGGAGAGCAUCAGGAAGGAAGUCAAAGGCGACCUGGAAAAGUCUUUCCUGACACUCGUGGAGUGUUUGGAGAACAAGCAGCUGUACUUCGCCACCAGACUCAACGAGGCCAUGAAGGGUAAAAGUGCCAAGGAGAAGGUGCUGACUCGCAUCCUGGUGUCUCGUUGUCAAGUGGACCUGAUGAAGAUCAGAAGCCAGUUCAAGAAGCAAUAUGGACGCUCUCUGUACCGGACCAUCGCCGACCACACCAAGGGAGACUACCAGACGGCUCUGCUCUCGCUGUGUGGAGGCGACGACUGACAUCAGGGGCUGCCUAUCAAGACGUUACCCACAAUGCCUCUGUGCGCCACCACGACGUCAUUUCCCACAAUGCGUCGCGCUUUGUGAGCAGCUUGAAGCAAUAAAAGUUCAAUCCUCUCCUGCCUUUUGCUCGAUAGCAACACGUGACCACCAGAGGGCAGC